UUUUAAGGCAGCUUCGACUACGUUUCCCAGAUAGCAUUGGGUCCAGUAGCGGGACAUUAUUGGCUAUGCGCCAUGCAUCUUGGGAUGCGUAGUUUGUUUGAUCCUUGGAGACAGCCACGCGGAAUCAGGAGGACUCAGUUUCCCAGUAAGCUUAACGAUGGGUGUGUGCAUGUACACUACGUUCCUCCGCCUCCAUUGCCGGUUGUGUUCGCUAGAGACGAACUCAGUUUCCCAGGUGGCCCUGCGGCAGCCAGUCCAGAGUUGGACUUUAGAAACCAAGACGAAGUUUUGAACUCGGCGGCGGCAGGUGUCGCUUGCACAGGUUUGGCGUGAUAGCGUCAGUGUACUUGUUCUGGGGAGGUCUCGAUCAGGUUCUGGCACCUUCAACCCCCACCUGAUAUCUGCGUAUCAUCAGAAUAUCUCGCUUUUCCUCCAGUUCCCUAAGAACUUCCCUCCUUUCCCUAGUCCCAGAAUCGCAGUUUUGGUCUGAUAGUGCAUCCCCCUAUCCCGAAUGUUGCAUCCUCACUUCCCGCUUUCCAUCUACCGUGGUGGCUUUUCCUGGGCUGUACAUUGGAUAUUCCCAGCUGGGAGAGCAAGCACAAGACACCGGGGAGCCAGACCCUUGCCGCUCCCCGCCACAGGAUAUGAGUAGGAGCCUCAGCUGGUUUGAGCAGCUCGGUGUGCUUCUCAACGCUACUGAUGGAAAAGUGUCCCAAAUUAAGGUGAGGCGUCGGUGGAGGCCCCCAGUUUGCGUGGGCAGGUUAAGGGACUCUCAGAGCUCAUUGGCCCGUGCAACUGUUUGUUUUAUAGCUGCGGAUCCCUCUGGGGGUCUCCACCGCAGUGUCAAACCAGAAGAGAAGUAAAAUUCAGCAAAAAUUUAUAUGUGGAGUUCCUUCUUAAAAGAAGAAAAAGGUGAUUAUUGAGACUAUGGAUCGGAGCAAACGGAAUUCAAUUGCGGGAUUUCCUCCACGUGUAGAGCGUCUUGAAGAGUUUGAAGGAGGUGGUGGAGGAGAUGGAAAUGUGAGCCAGGUCGGAAGAGUUUGGCCAUCUUCAUAUAGAGCUCUUAUAAGUGCCUUUUCCAGACUGACGCGUUUGGAUGAUUUCACCUGUGAAAAAAUAGGGUCUGGCUUCUUUUCUGAAGUGUUCAAGGUACGACACCGAGCUUCUGGUCAGGUGAUGGCUCUUAAGAUGAACACGUUGAGUAGUAACCGGGCAAACAUGCUGAAAGAAGUACAGCUCAUGAAUAGACUCUCCCAUCCCAACAUCCUCAGGUUCAUGGGUGUGUGUGUUCAUCAAGGACAACUGCAUGCACUUACAGAGUAUAUCAACUCCGGGAACCUGGAACAGUUGCUAGACAGUAACCUGCAUUUGCCUUGGACUGUGAGGGUAAAACUGGCUUAUGACAUAGCAGUGGGCCUCAGCUACCUUCACUUCAAAGGCAUUUUUCAUCGGGACCUCACAUCUAAGAACUGCCUGAUAAAGAGGGAUGAGAAUGGUUACUCUGCAGUGGUAGCUGACUUUGGCCUGGCUGAGAAGAUCCCCGAUGUCAGCAUGGGGAGUGAGAAGCUGGCCGUGGUGGGUUCCCCAUUCUGGAUGGCACCUGAGGUUCUCCGAGGUGAGCCCUAUAAUGAGAAGGCGGAUGUGUUCUCUUAUGGUAUCAUCCUCUGUGAAAUCAUCGCCCGCAUCCAGGCCGAUCCGGACUACCUUCCCCGCACAGAGAAUUUCGGGCUGGACUAUGACGCUUUCCAGCACAUGGUGGGAGACUGUCCCCCAGAUUUUCUGCAGCUCACCUUCAACUGCUGUAAUAUGGACCCCAAACUGCGCCCAUCCUUUGUGGAGAUUGGGAAGACCCUGGAGGAAAUUCUAAGCCGCCUACAGGAAGAAGAUCAGGAGAGGGAUAGGAAGCUGCAGCCCACAGCCAAGGGACUCUUGGAGAAAACACCUGGGGUGAAGCGACUAAGCUCACUGGAUGACAAGAUCCCCCACAAGUCACCAUGCCCGAGACGUACCAUCUGGCUGUCUCGAAGCCAGUCAGACAUCUUUUCCCGAAAGCCCCCACAUACAGUGAGCGUCUCGGACCCAUACUACCGUCCACGAGAUGGUGCUGCCCGCACCCCCAAAGUCAACCCUUUUAGUGCUCGCCAGGACCUCAAGGGGGGCAAGAUCAAGUUUUUUGACCUGCCCAGCAAGUCUGUCAUCUCUCUGGUAUUUGACUUGGAUGCACCAGGGCCCGGAACUAUGCCCCUGGCUGACUGGCAGGAGCCCCUGGCCCCACCUAUUCGCCGGUGGCGUUCCUUGCCUGGUUCACCUGAGUUCUUGCAUCAAGAGGCUUGUCCAUUUGUGGACCGGGAAGAAUCGCUAUCUGAUGGGCCCCCACCACGCCUAAGUAGUCUCAAGUACAGAGUAAAAGAGAUCCCACCAUUCCGGGCAUCUGCCCUACCAGCUGCUCAAGCCCAUGAGGCUAUGGACUGCUCCAGUCUCCAGGAAGAAAACGGUUUUGGGUCCAGGCCCCAGGGGACCAGUCCACGCCCUGCAGGUGCUUCUGAGGAGAUGGAGGUAGAAGAAAGGCCAGCAGGCUCAACUACAGCUACCUUCUCCACCUCAGGCAUAGGCCUGCAGACCCAGGGAAAGCAGGAUGGGUGAGGGGAGUUUAGUCCCUGUCUCACCUUGGGGAUGGACCUUCAACUGAAACCAUAUGGCCCCGCAGGUGCACAGCCUUGACUCUUCCCUGGAGCCCACAGAGUAGGCAGGCUAGGCCAAGCCAGGCUCAACUUCUGGGCUCCCAGUGCCCAUUGGCUGUGUAUGAUGGGGAGGCAGCAGUGAGAGGCCUUCCUAGUUAGGGCCAACAGCUGAUACCAAGCCUCUGAAAUCCAGCAAGGAGGUCUGCCUCCCACCAGACCUCCCAGUGCACUUCCCUAGACAGGACCAGAGGAUGUCUAGUUCUAGGCUGGGCUGGCAGGUAGCUAUUACCCAGGUUCUUUCCCCACCCCAGGUCUGUCUCUUGUCCUUUCUUGGGGCAUAUAAGCUACUGAGUGGAAUAUGGAGCUUACCAGGAGGCCAUAAUGGGCAUGGCUGUUUCCCAGACCUGAAGAUUGGGGUGCUUCUUGCCAGUAUGUCUAAGACACUUGAGUAAUUGCUGUUUGCACUGACUGCAUGGUCAGACCACGUCACUACAUUUCUAUGUAAGGGGAGGGCAAGGCAGCGUGGUGGUCAUGGCUCUUAGCUAACCUAUUCAAAGACCUUUUCCAGUUGAUUAAUCUAUUUUCGUAUUUAUAAAGAAGUCUUAAUGUUCUGCCCCGUAAGACUUUCAACCUUGUGGUUGGGAGUGGGGCUGGUUUUGUAGGCCCUAGGGCCUGCUUCUAUGUAUUUGUCAGCAUGUGAUACAUUCAAUUGGUUAAAUGGUUUAUACAUGGACUGAUUUUCUUCCCUUCCUGCUAUGGCUGGAGAUUUGGGAACAGUCUUUCCUUACAGAGCUGCAAUAAGAAAUAACCAAAGAUGAAGCUGGUCAAAUAUUUUCAUAACUUGCUUCUGUUGAUUUUUUUUUUUUUUUUUUUUUUUUUUUUA